AUGGGAUCGCCGCACGCGGGUUAUGCUCAGCAGGUUCAUCCAUUUGCCUCGUGCAGUUUUGAUCAGCAAGAAGUUCGACCGAAAGGAGGUGCGAGCGGGCAUUCGCUGGUGAAGCCGACACACUGGUUGCUGCGGAGACAACCACCGACGUGGACGGUGCCGAAGACUGAUGGAUCGCAUGCCGAGCAAAUAGUCAUCUGCAAUAUGGUCUUUCCGAAUACCAAGUAUCUCGUGACAGAGAGAGGCGGUGCCCUCCAGGCGACUCGGGCUACGAUGUCUGAUACGCUGGAGCCAAACGAAGUUGUCAUUCGACUGAAAGCUGUUGCGAUCAACCCAGCCGACCAUAAGAUGAUCGAUCAGGGUCAUCGAGUCGCUGCAUGGCCACUGGUUCCGGGUCACGAUGGUGCCGGGGUGAUUGAAAAGGUCGGGGACCAGGUGGACAACUUCGCGAUCGGAGAUCGAGUGCUCGCGCUGUUCACACCUGGCGAUCGGUCGGCAUCGUUUCAAGAACGGGCCGUAGUACAGGAAAGAAACGUGGCCAAAAUCCCACAGGAAUGGUCGUUCGAGGAGGCUUCGACCAUGGGAACCUGCUAUCUCACAGGCAUCAUGGCUCUCGGAAUUGGACUGAAAAUACCCCUUCCAUUCCUCGAAGGGGGUCCGACGUCGGGUGUACAACUGUCGUCGGUUCUCGUGCUCGGUGGAAGCUCUGCUGUUGGCGCCGCAACCAUACAGCUGCUGCGUCUCGCACUGCCAACCUGCAAAAUCCUGGCCACCAGCUCAUCGAGACAUCAUGAUCUUCUGACGCAUCAUCUUGGCGCAAAUGCCGCGAUUGCCCGAGAUUCGAUAUCGCUGGUCGCGGAUGCGAAGUCCACCACUCUCAAUAACAGAGGCGUCGAUGCCAUCGUCGAUGCCGUCGGGGCUGGAAGCCUGCAACAGGACGUGUUCCAGGCCCUUGACCCUGAGGGCCCAUGCAUCUAUGCCCAAGUAUGGACGGGCGACAAAGAAAUUGAGGCUCCAAAAAAUGUGCAUUCCGUCCUGUUCAGGGGACGAGACCUUCCUCAACUUCCUGGGAAUCAGUUAAUCAUGCGAUCUCUGCAGCAGCUCUUGGGCGAGCACCGUUAUAAACUGCCAUUGCCAGCACGAAAUGUUGGUCAAGGUCUGGAUGGGAUAUCGAAGGGCCUUGACCUCGUCCGCCAAGGCGUGAGUGGCCAGAAAUUAGUUGUUUCUAUUUAG